ACAGCUCAGUCACAUUGUGUCUCUCUCUGUGUGCAGCGUUGUGUGUCUGUCUCUGUCUCACCUGUCUCACUCUCAGGAUGGAACACUGUCUUCAUGGAUUAUUGAUCGCUGUGUUUCUGCUGCAGAUGAACUGUUCACACUCACGUUCUGUCAGUCACAGCACAGAGUCUCUUCAUCAGGUCCUCUCAGAAUACAUUGUCGUCCGUCCAAUCAGGACGGACUCAGAGGGGCGUUUCCUGUCAGGCUCAGGCUCCAGCCACCCACUGAGGAAACAACUCAGCAGCCUCUCAGAGGACAGGCCCACUGACAGCAUCAGACACAAACAACAACACGCAGCACCGUCCAACCACACAGCUCGUCACUUCAGAGGGCGGGGUUACAUGGAGGAGGUGGCGGCAAAGGCGGAGCUUUACUACAAUGUAACCGUGUUUGGUCAGAGUCUCCAUCUUCGGCUGCGUCCCAACUCUCGUCUCGUGGCCCCCGCCGCCACCGUGGAGUGGGAGGAGUCAGGACGAGUUCACUCUGAGCCAAUCAGAGACAGAGGCUGCUUUUUCACAGGAGACGUUUCCAACAUGGAGGACACGUCUGUCGCUAUUAGCAACUGUGAUGGACUGACAGGACUCAUUCGAACACGCGUAGACGAGUUCUUCAUCGAACCUUUGGAAGAAUGGAGGAGAGAGGGAGUAGGAGACAAGGACAGAGGAGACAAGGAAGGAGGACAGCGCCACAUCGUUUAUCGUUCCUCAGCUGUCCGUAAACAACCAGCUGUCAAUCAAACUGCAGACAACGUCCUCCGAGCUCCUCUCGUAGGUUCCCUUAACUUGAAGCAGAACGUGUUGUGGUCGACACCAGGGUCACGCAGACGGAAGCGCUACAUCGAGGAGGCGGAGUUAUUUCACAUUGAGGUGUUGUUAGCAGUCGAUUAUUCGGUUCUUCUCUUCCACGGCCGAGAACACAUCCAGAAGUAUCUGCUCACACUGAUGAACAUAGUGAAUGAGAUCUAUCAGGACCAUUCUUUGGGCACCAACUUCAACGUGGUCCUGGUCAGGAUCAUCAUGUUGUCACCAACAAAGUCUCAGGAGCUGAUCUCGGUGGGGAACCCUCAGAAGAGCCUCGAGAACGUCUGUGGCUGGUCGUACCUCCAGCACAGGGAGCACAGUCACGCCGAGCAGCACGAUCACACCAUCUACCUGACCAGGCAGGAGUUCGGCCCCUCCGGCAUGCAAGGCUAUGCUCCCGUCACUGGGAUGUGCCACCUACAUCGGAGCUGUGUCCUCGUCCUGGAUGACGGCUUUUCUUCAGCCUUUGUCGCUGCACAUGAGACGGGACAUGUAUUAGGUAUGGAACAUGACGGCGAGGCUAAUAACUGUGAGGACGACGUGUUGUUGGGCAGCAUCAUGUCUCCUCGAGUCCAGGCCACAUUACACCGCUAUCACUGGUCAAGAUGCAGCUGGAGGGAACUGCACCAGUACCUGCAGACUUACGACUGUCUCCGUGAUGACCCGUUUAACCACGAGUGGCCCGCUCAGCCUCAGCUGCCGGGGUUCCAGUACUCAAUGGACCAACAGUGUGUCUUUGACUUUGGACCUGGAUACAGUCUUUGUACUGCAUACACGACCCCUGACCCCUGCAAACAGCUGUGGUGCAGCGAAUACACAAACCCGUUCUACUGUAAGACGAAGAAAGGUCCGCCCCUCGACGGGACAAAGUGUGGACCAGGGAAGCACUGCUUUAAAGGCUUCUGCAUGAAGUUGACCCCUGACCUCCUGCGACAAGAUGGCAGCUGGGGAACGUGGAGUUCCUAUGGCAGCUGCUCCAGGACCUGCGGGGGCGGGGUCAGGUUCCGGAGCCGGCGGUGCGACAAUCCAGCUCCAGCCAACGGGGGGCGCACCUGCUUCGGAAACAGCUAUGAGUUUGAGCUGUGCAGCCUGGAGGAGUGUCCACCAUUGACGGACUUCAGGGAGGAACAGUGUAAAGUGUGGAAUCCAUUUUUUGAACACGAUGGCAAGAAACAUCACUGGCUGCCGUAUCAACACCCAGACCCGGACGAGCGUUGUCGUCUGUACUGUCAGUCGAAGGAGACGGGGGCAGUGGUUUCCAUGAGCAAAAUGGUGCAUGAUGGGACGUCAUGUUCAUACAGUGAUGCUCACAGCGUGUGCGUUCGAGGAGAGUGUGAGCACGUGGGCUGUGACAGUCAGAUUGCUUCAGACAAGCAGGAAGAUCGAUGUGGCGUCUGUGGAGGCGACAACGCCACCUGCAAGAUGAUCAAAGGAAACUUCACACGCAGCACAAAGAAACCAGGAUACUUGAAGAUCCUGGAGAUCCCUAAAGGAGCGCGUCAUCUGCUGGUCCAGGAGUUUAAGGGGACUCCUCACAUCCUGGCGGUGAAGAACCAGGAGACGAGUCACCUCUUCCUUAACGAUGAACACGAGCUUCCAGAAUCCCGUGUGGUGAUUGAGAAGGGUGUGGUCUGGGAGUACAGUAACAGCAAGGAGCAAGAGUCUGUCCGAACCACAGGCCCACUGAAGUAUGGUGUCCUGCUAAUGGUCCGUUCCCAUAACGACUCCAAGGUUACAGUGUCUUAUAAGUACAUCAUCCAGGACCGCCUACGCUUAUCACUGGAGUCCAACCUGGUGCAGGAGGACGCUGUCUUCUAUGAGUGGGCGCUGAAGAAGUGGUCGCAGUGCUCCAAGCCCUGCGGAGGAGGGAAACAGUACACGAGGUUUGGCUGCAGGAGGAAGGCUGAUGGGAAAAUGGUUCUCAGGAUGCUCUGCUCCAAUGUCAACAAACCGAGAGCCAUUAGCCGCAGCUGCAACACUGACACCUGCAGCUCACCACGAUGGGUGACCGGGGACUGGGAGGACUGCAGCACCUCUUGUGGUCAAACUGGGUGGCAGCGUCGCUGGGUGAGCUGCCAGCACGAGCCCAGCAGGGUUCAGCAACAGCAGCGCUCAGUGCACAGCAAACUCUGUCGAGACUCUCGGCCUGAAGCCAAGCGUACCUGCAACCGUUUCCCCUGCCCCGCCACCUGGCGAGCCGGGCUGUGGACGCCGUGUUCAGUGUCAUGUGGAAACGGAACUCAGGAACGUCAGGUUGCAUGUUCAAGUCCUGAGGAAUCAGCUGGAAACUGCAGUGAACCUCGACCAAUCACAGCCCGCAGCUGCCAGGCCACGCCCUGCAACGGCGACCAGAAAAAUGCCAUCAUCCAGUGGUUGUCCAGGUCCAACCCAGAGUUCCCUGUGCAGAAUAUCUCCUCCAGGUAUCGUUGUCGCGGUGACCGUUCAGUGUUUUGUCACAUGGAAGUGUUGAAUCGGUACUGCUCCAACGCCAGAUACCGACUGAUGUGCUGUAAGUCCUGCAGCAAGGAAAACGCCAGCAGCACGAGUUCACCAACCACCAACAGCAGCUCCUGGAUUUCGCCGACAGAGACAGUCACCUCAGUAACCACACCCACCUGGUCGGACAGCAGCCACAUCAUCAGUGACAUCAUAAACCCAACCUCCAUCUUCACCGUCACUCCUUCCCCCACUAGCAGGAGCAGCACCGACUUCAUUUAUGUUGAGUACGAUGACUAUGAUGAGUAUUCGUCUUAUGAGGAUCCUCUGGAUAUAACUACUCCUCGCCCAUCCACCACUGCUCCUCCCCCAACCAAACCACCUCCUCCCCCAACCACCCCUGCUCCUCCCCCAUCCACCACCUUCACCACCACACGGCGCACACGCAGAACUGCUCCACCACAUUUAUUCAGGAGGACAACGACCACAGUGCCCAUGGUAAAUGGUGAUGGUACGACACUGUCACCGAUCCAAACAUCUGCCGUCCCAGAUUUUCCCACCUCAACAACAUCUGAUCCUGAUGACAUCAUCACCACCACAUCAUCGGGUGGGCGGAGCCUUCAAACUAAAAUCAAUCUGACAGAAACUGAACCUACAAUGAUGUCUGCGUCCUCUUUUGUCCCGCUUACGAAGAAAGAGAACAACUCAGUGGAUGAGGUCCCAUACCGGAUCGUGGGAUUGGACAGGGACGUCGCCAGCGGACAGCAGAGCUACUUUGUCCCACGAAUGCCAACGUUCCGCGAGCGAACGCAAAACAAACGUAUCCAACAGCUUCUGAAUGAGAAACGCCGACAGAACCUUGUGAGGAGAGCGAACCGGAGCCGAGCAGAUGGGAGUGGCAACAACGCUAAAACACAUUCUUAAUGUUUUAACUUGCAUGUGCAGCUUCUCACUUUCUGCUAAUGCUAACAAAGACUUGAUGAUAAACUGAAGCAACAUCAAAGAAUGAAGAUGGUUCUAGAAGCAGGUUCUGUCAACGUUUCAGACCAGAACCUGGUUUUUCUCUUUGUACCAAAUAAUAAUGUUCAUAAAUAAAGAGUCAUCUGGUGUCAGACCACA